AUGAAGUUAAACGGGAUAGUUCAAUCAUUAAUAUUAGUUUCCUCAACUAGUGCAUUUUUAAAUAAUUGGAUUUUUGGAGGAGAUAAGAAUCAAGUUAUAUUAAUCAAUGAAAAAGAAGAAAUAAAAGUAAAAGAAGUAGAAAAUAAAAAUCAAUUAUUGGCAAAACAUAAAGAUAUUGGAAAUUUUCAUAAAUUAACUAAAGAUAAUCAAAAUGUUUUAAAUCAUGCAUGGGAUAGUAUGAUUAAGGAUUUAUCAAUUAAUAAAAUUGAAAAAUUAAUUAAUGAAUUUCAAUCAAAUUUUAAACCUUCAAAACCAUCAAAAGAAAAGCCAUCACCACCAAAGAAUAAUGAAGAAAAUUUUGAAAUUUUAACAAAUUUAAAAUUUAAAGAAUCUAAAUUAAGAAUUAAAUCAAAUAAUCCAGAAAUUUUAGGUUUAGAUACUGUAAAACAAUAUACUGGUUAUAUAGAUAUAGAUUCAAUAGAUCAUCAUUAUUUUUUUUGGUUUUUUGAAAGUAGAAAUGAUCCAGCUAAGGAUCCAAUAGUAUUAUGGUUAAAUGGUGGUCCAGGAUGUAGUAGUUCAACAGGUUUAUUUUUUGAAUUAGGUCCAUCAUCAAUAAAUUCUACUUUACAACCUGUUUAUAAUCCAUAUUCAUGGAAUUCAAAUGCAAGUGUUAUAUUUUUAGAUCAACCUGUUGGAGUUGGAUAUUCUUAUUAUGGUGGUGAUAAUGAAGUUAAAAACACUAAAACUGCAGCAAAAAAUGUUUAUAUAUUUUUAGAAUUAUUUUUUCAAAAAUUUCCUCAAUUUUUAAAUAAUAAAUUUCAUAUUGCUGGAGAAAGUUAUGCUGGUCAUUAUAUUCCUUCUUUCGCAAAUGAAAUUUUAAAAAAUGCAGAUAGAUCUUUUGAAUUAAGUUCAAUAUUAAUUGGAAAUGGUAUCACAGAUCCAUUAAUUCAAUCUACUGCUUAUCAACCAAUGGCAUGUGGUCAAGGUGGUUAUAAACCAGUAUUAACUGAAUCUGAAUGUGAACAAAUGGAAAAAGAUUUACCAAAUUGUUUAAAAUUAACUAAAUUAUGUUAUAAAUUUCAAAAUUCUUUAACUUGUGUACCAUCUCAAUAUUAUUGUGACACUAAGCUAUUUCAACCUUAUGCUCAAACAGGAUUAAAUCCUUAUGAUAUUAGAAAAUCAUGUGCUGAAGAAGGUGGAAAUUGUUAUAUUGAAAUGAAUUAUAUGGAUGAUUAUUUAAAUUUAGAUUAUGUUAAAUCAGCAGUUGGAGCGUCAAAUAUUGAUAUUUUUACAUCAUGUGAUGAUAAAGUUUUUAGAAAUUUUUUGUUAGAUGGUGAUGAAUCCAAGCCAUUCCAACAAUAUGUUGCAGAAUUAUUAAAUAAAAAUAUACCUGUUUUAAUUUAUGCUGGUGAUAAAGAUUUUAUAUGUAAUUGGUUAGGAAAUUAUGCUUGGGUAAAUAAAUUAGAAUAUAAUAAUAGUGAACAUUUUGCAAAUUUACCUUUAAAACCUUGGAAACCUUCUAGUUCAAAAGGUAAAAUUGGUGGUCAAGUUAAAAAUUAUGAUAUUUUUACAUUUUUAAGAAUUUAUGAUGCUGGUCAUAUGGUACCUUUUGAUCAACCUUCAAAUGCUUUAGAUAUGUUGAAUUCAUGGAUUCAAGGUGAUUAUUCUUUAGGUUAUACUCCAAAUUAG